AUGUUUCAACUUCUGUUAGAACUUUCCCUACUUUAACACAUUUCGUCGCAUUUGAAGAAUAGAUUAAGGCUGACAACAGAUUGUCUUCCACACUGAUGCAAAGUCUUUAAACAUUUUUUUUUUCACAGAGAAAAUAAACACUAUCAGCCUUUCAUUGUACCUAGUGGAAGUUAUAGGCUCACAAGAUCUCUGGUGUAAUAUAAUUUAUCAGCCCAUCUGUCUUAAUCAAAGAAAACAAAACAUCCUUAACAAUGAACCUAACCCUGACAAUAGUCCAUAAAACAAACAAAAUGAAUAAUUUACUACAGAUACAGGGAAAUGUCUGCAGUUUGCCAGACUGUCACUAUCACCUUUCUUAAAGAUGGGUGUUACCAAGGCUUUUUUCCAGUCCUCUGGUACUUGGUGAGAUGAUAGGGAUUAUCUAUUACUAAGGAGAGAGCUCCAAGGGGACUAUUAGAUAACGACCAUCAGGCCUUGUGUGGCGUAAGGUUGUUUAUAAUUGCUUAGCAAUACCAGCAGUUGUUGUUGAACUGGGUGGCAUUCAUAGAUGGCGUACGGUUAGGCGUACUGUUAGGGUUAAGAUUUUCUUGUGCUUGUAUGUGGAAUAAAUCGCUUGAUACCAGAAGUCAAUUUCUCUUGAAAACUAAACCACAAAUAAUAUCAUUUAUUGACAGAUCACGGGCAGUAGAAUGCACGACACAGUCUACAUGUGUUCUUUAAGGCAUCCCAGUCUGUUUUUCUAUGCAAGGCAACCAUCCUGCAUUUUUGUUUGUUGAGUGUUACUUUGAUUUUAUACCCUCAGCAAACACAGUAUCAUCAUCACUAAUACUUUGGAUGACUUGAGUCUUAAUGAUAAACUGUUGUUAGUUAUAAACAAGUCUAAGACAUUAGUUACCCUGACUGGUUAACCUGGUUAUAAGUUAGACUAAGCUAUGGUCGUCAAGACAAUCAGCGAAUUUUCAGGUUAGCUCUGGGUAACGAUACAUUGGAAAUAGGCAAUUGUGCUUCCAGUCAAAUCCAGGGAAGUUUAUGUCUCUUGCUAUCCAGAUAAUUAUGUCAUGAGGUAUAGCCACCAAUCUGUUGGAGUAAUCUCUCAAAGUUUUUUAAACUUAUGGCAUCUCCUUCAUUCAGGUUAUAAAAGGCACAAACUUACAAGGUCUUACACCCCACUACAUGUACUGUAUGUUGAUAUUAACCAAGAGGAUUUCACACUUAGUCUCUAAAGUAUAUUCCCAGGGAAAGAAGUUAUAGCAACCAAACAUUUGGGGUGGUAGCAAUCCAAAUCAACGCACAUUCCACAACUGACAUUAAGCACACUCUACACACAUUCCACAACUGACAUUAUGAACUCUCUCCAUAAGGAAUGAAAAUCCGAAAUAGAGUUUUAGCUUAAGUAUACAUAUAUCAGCUCUCUUCCUGAGCUCUUCAAAAAAAUCAUUUAUUGACAGAUCACAGGCAGUAGAAUGCACGACAGAGUCUACAUCUGUUCUUUAAGGCAUCCCACUCGGUUUUUCGAUACAAGGCAACCAUCCUGGAAUUUUGUUUGUUAAGUGUUGCUUUGAUAUUAAUACCCUCAACAAACACAGCAUCAUGAUCACUAAUACCUCGGAUGACUUGAAUCUUGAUGAUAAGACUGUUGUUGUUAGUUAUAAAAAGUCUAAGACAUUACAUGUAAUUAGCCCGCAUAAGAUUGCUUAUAAGUUAGACUAAGCCAUGAUCAUCAAGACAAUCAGUAAAUUUUCAGGUUAGCUCAGGGAAACGACACAUUGGAAAUAGGCAAUUGUGCUUCCAGUCAAAUCCAGGGAAGUUUACAACGUGUAUGUCUCCUACUAUCCAGAUAAUUAUGUGAUGAGGUACAUGUAUUACCACCAACUGUUGGAGUGAUCUCUCAAAGUCUUCUAAACUUAUGGCAUCUCCUUCAUUCGGGCUAUAAAAGGCACAAACUUACAAGGUCUUUUACAUUAAUAGUCUCUAAAGUAUAUUCCCCAGGAAAGAAGUUAUAGCAAUCAAACAUUAUUUUUGGGGUGGUAGCAAUCCAAAUCCAGGCACUUUCCACAAAUGACAUUAUGCACACUCUAUGCACAUUGCACAACUGACAUUACGCACUCUAUGCACAUUGCACAUCUGACAUUAUGCACACUCUAUGCACGUUGCACAACAGACAUUGUACAUGUGCACUCUAUGCACAUUGCACAACUGACAUUAUGCAUGUGCACUCUAUGCACAUUGCACAACUGACAUAAUGCACACUCUAAGCACAUUGCACAUCUGACAUUAUGCACACUCUAUGCACAUUGCACAUCUGACAUUAUGCACACUCUAUGCACAUUGCACAACAGACAUUACACAUGUGCACUCUAUGCACAUUGCACAACUGACAUUAUGCAUGUGCACUCUAAGCACAUUGCACAACUGACAUUAUGAACUCUCUCCAUGAGGAAUCAAAAUCCGAAAUAGAGUUUUAGCUAAAGUAUACACGUACCAGCUCUCUUCCUGAGCUCUUUGAAAAAAGCUAUAAAAGCAACUGACAAAGGAUCCAACAUUUUGGUUCUGAAACUGGUCUUGCAUCUUGUACUAGCUUCAAACAGUUGUAUUUGGAACUCUGCCAUGGCACAACAAACAGCUUCUGACCAUCCAGGAGAUGAUUGCCAUUUUAAGAAGUAUGGCGGAUAGCAGUGCUCCCACAAUAUCACCGAUCAAGUCAUCCAAGUGAUCACGUGAUCCUGACAGUCCAGAAACAGUGAUUCCAGACUCACAGGGCUCCAGCCGCCAAGAAACCAAAAACAUAUCAGACAGAGGGUACCAAAACCAUCCGCAAUCGACUUCUUACGCUGGAAACCAGACGAGCCAAAUGCAAAAGGUCAUUACAAGUCCUGAGGGAACACACAAAGAACUCUACAUGCCCAUAUGCAUAUGGUUUACAAUACAGGCUGAGACCACAUAUACCUAUUGUACAGUUCGACAGAGAAUUCCAGACCAACUUGGACCAGAACGGUCGCCCAGCCAAUGCAGAACUAUUAAUGCUGAUGAUAAAACAGCAGAAAAAGAACUUACAUGUCCAUGUAACAGCUAACAAUGAGGCUUAAUCCAGGCCCAACAGCAGUUACUACAAGACCUGUAUCUGUUGUAGUUCAGUUUGCACUUUGGUACAAUUUGUUUUUGUACCAAUACAGAAUAUAUUAAACUGGUACAAAAUAUUUUGUGCUAGUCCAAUUUUUAAUUUCAUAGUACAGUUUGAGUGACACCUUAUCGAGGUCUAACCAAUUACAGUUGGGUUUGAUGCCAAAUGACGUCACAUUUUCGCUUCACUUCAUCACGCCAAGUUUGUACAGAUUAGAAAGCAAAGGUCACAAGAAGAACAACCAUGUAUAACCAUAUAAGCUAGAUUAGCUAAUUUAUUAUUUAUCAUUGUCAUUUAUCGCCUGCAUUUCCACUGAACUUGAGCCAUAUUUAUAGAAAUAAGCACCAUACAGAAUUACAUUUACUUUAACCAAAACAAGGAUUUACAAAAUUUCAAGCAAUAUACUGACAAGAAAGUGAGCUUGCGAGCAACUGCAAAAAUUUUGGGAGCCAAGCAAGCGAGCACUCGUUUAAAUUUUGCAAGCAGUUAAAAAUUUUCAUGGACCAUUUAUCACCACUAACAGAGCCAGACCCAGGUCCAGGACGUAGAAAACUGCACCUAUUAAGAAAGUUCAGCAAACUUGUAAUCUCGCCUCCAUGCAAGCUCAACUAUCUGAGCUACAGAAAAUGUUUUGUAAAGACAGUGAAGCAGUCAAUGUAAAUAAACAAGUUCAACAGUAUACUGGUGUGUCUUUUCUUGACUCAAAGGAUUUCAUAAAAAGUCGAUAAUUAUAUUAAAAAGGGUCAGAUAAAUAAGAAACGCUCUCCAGACUUAAAGGUCUUAAAUUUAUACCAACCCCUCCUGUUCCUAGCUCUAAUAAAUCCUUAUUAAAGGAUUUCAAUAAUUUCACUAUGCUCCUUUAGAUACAUAAUGAUUGUAAUAUCUCAGCGAACAAGAGAAAAGCUAUCGGCUCACUUGAAGGUAAUAGCAAAAUCAAUCUUUAAAAAGCUGAUAAAGGAACAACUACACUAUGAACUAUGAACACCGUCACAAAAAUAGAAGAAGGCUCACAACAAUUAUCUGAUGAUAAAUUCUACAAGCCUCUUACAAAUCCUAUUGUGCUAAACACUGCCCAAAAAGUGAAUUGAAUAGUCAACGAACUAUCCCUUCCAGGCAAUGUUGACACAAUGAAUCAAAUGGUUAACAAUCGGCCUUAACCAAAAACGCAUACCAGAAUUUUACACGCUGACAAAAAUCCAUAAGAAAAUACCAGUCAGCUGCAGACCAAUCUUUUCUGGUAGUAGCGGCCCUAGUGAGCAUAUCUCCAGUUUUGUUGACUCACUAUUACAACUUAUCACACAAAAACAGGUGUCAUAUUUGAAAGACACUACCGAUUUCAUCAACUUUAUUGAAAACAUGCAAAUCUCUAACGAUGUAGUUUUAGCCACUCGACAUGUGACUUACCUGACUACACAAACAUCCCUCAAACAGAGGGUAUUCACAUUAUUUGCCAUCAUUAUGAAAAGCACUACGAGCAUAAUUUGCCAAUUCCCACAAACGAUUACGGAAGCUUUUACCGCUCAUGCUCAAAGAGAAUUAUUUCAAAUUUAAUGAAAGACACUUCAUACAAACACAAGGCAUCACUAUGGGAACUAAGAUGGCAGUUGCUUUCUCUGUUAUUUUUAUGGCAGACAUAGAUAAAUGACUGCUAAUCACUCGUUGUUGAUGAUAUCUUUUCACUGUGGGACAUUUCAACCAAAGAAGUUUACAAUUUUGUUGACUUCACUAACACAUUCCACCCUACAAAUAUCAAGUUUACUUGUGAAAUAAAAUCGUCCGAAUGCACUGUUUUUCUUGAUAAUGAGGUUUUUAAGCGUAGUUUAAUACUAAAACAAGGAAUGACCUACAAUGAUCUACAAAUUAUGACCUACAAUGAUGUACAAUGACCUACAAUGAUCUACAAUGACCUACAAUGACCUACAAUGAUCUACAAUGAUCUACAAUGACCUACAAUGAGCUACAAUGACCGAACGUGUAACCCCUGUAAUGAGCUAAAAUGAAGAUUUUAGAAAAAGACAAAAAAAAAAGACCAGGGGACAUGUGUCGUAGUUACUAAAACAAGGAAUAACCUACAAUGACCUACAAUGAUCUACGAUGAGCUACUACGAGCUACAAUGAGCUACUAUGAGCUAAAUGAGUUAAAGUUAAAGUCCUACAAUGAGCUACAAAAUGACAGACACUGAUGUUUGUCUUGUGUCACGCUUGGAUGUGACACUAGGCUCAUAGUAUUAAAUUGCCAAGCACAUUUUGAAAAGGCAAAACAAAAAUUGUGCCUGAUCUCAGGUAACUUGAGAAACUUGAAAAUAGAUUAUUGCAAUCGCAUUUUUACUGGUAUAGCACUAUUAUACCCUGUAUUGACGGAAGUCAUGCAGGUACUUCCUCAUUUGGCCUAGAUGGGUAUGGGCCGCUGAGCAGGAUAUGGAUUUUACUAUUUAGCAUUACAAACAGAGCAUCCUGUUGGACCGAAAGCCAUUUAAAGGGUCUUAUGAUGUCUUAUACAGGCCAGGGUACUUAAAAAAAAUGAACAAUUUUUCUUUUGAACAGGGUCAGAAUUUGAAGGCCUCCUUUGUUCAUCUCUACCCUUACGUCCCUUGAAGAUCCCCCCGGAUCGACUGCUGGGGUGACUGUAUUUGUUCAAUUUGUUUGAAAAAAAGACAAGACAAAAUAAAACUAAUGCGAAAAGUUGCAAGGGAUGGUUUGGACAAAAGUCACAGUAUCAUCAUACAUAUAUUGUUACACUGUAAAUUUAUCUCCAAGCGUAAUAAUCAGAGAUGCUGUCAUCGUUAAAUGGGCUGUCAUGCAGUAGACUAAACGCGUUACGUUUAUGCACACAUGUCCCCUGAUCUUUUUUUUUUUUUGUCUUUUUCUAAAAUCUUCCUUUUAGCUCAUUACAGGGAUUACACGUUCGGUCAUAGUAGCUCAUUGUAGGUCAUUGUAGAUCAUUGUAGGUCAUUGUAGGUCAUUGUAGGUCAUUCCUUGUUUUAGUAACUACGGGUUUUUAAGGGACCUCACCUUUCAACUCAUAAAAUACUUGACUUGCAAACACAUUUCAAGCCUACUGAAACUUUUCAAUAUACACACUUCUCAUCUUGCCACCCUUCAAACUGCAAAAAGGGUAAAGGAGAAGCACUACAUGUACAGCUGCUUCAUCUACCACAAAAAUUUUAUCUUUCGUUUCAGCCAUUUUGAAUCCCAUCCCAAAACAGUUAAUAUCUAAGGAUAUUCUGAGUUACAGGAGCCAAUCAGAACGCACAAAAUUUGCUAUCCACUGUUUUGGUGAAUACUAAUUUUGGUUAAGUUUAUGAGCCGAGAUCUGUGAAGAGUUUACACAUUUUGGUGAUGCAGUUCCUUGAGGCAACUUUACCCAGGUACUAGGACCUUCAAUGGAACCUGAUUCACACUGUUUCCUAACCCUUAUCACUAAACAUCAGAGUCAUUUGGCAUUAAGCGGCCCUUCAGCGUUCUCUAAAAUACCUCUGUGAUCGAUAUAUGUGCAUUAAAAGAAUCCAUAAGCAAAGGAAUAUGGCUAACGUUUUUUUAAGCAUUAUUUUCUUCCCAUAUUUUCUGCAAAACGAACCUGUAAUCUAGGGACAGCUCCGGUAAAGAAAAAAAAUACCUUAGCCAAGAGUCGAUGGUUAAAGUGCUACUUUAACUCAUUUCAUUGCGUGUGAAGCAUAUAUUAUGGCCAACAGCCGAUAAGUUUCUCAUAAACUGCCGCAAAGUCUCUUAUUGUUGGCCUUGUAGAGUUGCUUUUCCCUACAUUUGCAUGAGGAGAAUUGGUCACGAUUAACCAGCUGUAAACAUUUUAAACAAUCAUUUUUUCACAGAGGAAGUAUCACAUAAUCAACUUUGCACAAGCACAGUGCAUGCACUCGAGCACAUGUUCCUCUGUGACCCGGAGCUUGUAUUCCUAGAGAGUUGGAAGAUUAUUAAAAACAAGUGUCUUAAAAUGAUGCGUAUCUUUACAGGAAGUAAACAUAUCAGCCUUUCAUUGCACCCAGUGGAAGCUAUGUUGCUUGGAAACCUUAAUGCAGCUCGACAUCACAAUCAAUGACGUCACUGCAACUACGUGUAAAUAUUUAUAUAUUAAAUAUAAUAUUUAAAUAUAUUAAAUAUUAUUUCGACGCAAAAGGUCGACAACAUAAAUGUAAACUCUCUCCAUGAGGAAUCAAAAUCCGAAAUAGAGUUUUAGCUUAUUUCAGUCAUAUAUUUCAGUUAUUUAUCAACAGAGCAAUGAUCUGCACUGGUGAUCAUGACCUGUGACCUGUGACGUGUAUCCUGUACCUGACAAAUUUCAUGUUUGACCUUAAUUUAUACCAGAUCUCCUGGAUUUACUUGAUCGAUGAUUCAAACCAUAGGCUUAAUCCUUUAAUUACCAUUACCAAUAUUACUUGCUUAUGAGACCAUAGUUUCCUGCGGAAGAAUCUUAAAUUUAAGCUUAAGUUAACUUAAGCUAAUCAAACAUAAACUUACCUCUCAAGAUCCGUGUCAGAUUUUUCACUUCUGCCAUGUCACGUGCGUGAAUUUUUAGAUCAUGAAGAAAGCCAAGUGUUGACGAGUAAGUAAAAGAACUGUUGAAGCUCAAAUCCGAGUUCCAGAAGUCUAACUAUGUUAUUUUAGAUCCAAUUUACUACACACGUGUUCUAUCUGGUCAAUAAUCCGUCGCCAUAUUGGUUUAGUUGAGAACCCAGUCUCUUGAUUGGCGCGUGCGUCUCGCGCGCGGGAUUUUGCACUACUCGUUUCGCGUUUCUCGACUACUCGUAAAACGCGCUAAAUGGAAUCAGGAAAAUAAACAUUUUCAUGCCUAUUUCUUGUUCAUUAGCUUUCGCGAUUUAUGAGGGAGAUGAAUAGUAAAUAUAAGUUCUAACAGUGACGAGUACUUCAACUGAGUAAUGAAACCAGCACAUGAGGAAUGGGAGUGCUGAAACCCAUAUGAGCUUAUGUGAACGCAAUAUGGUUCGUGCAUGCCUGGGAAUCGAAGCAAGAUUUUCAAUGUGAAAGUAAUCCAUAACCCUUCCAACUGCGAGCCUUUAAGUAAAAUAGGCAGCCUCUUGACAUGGAAACUAUUCCAGGAGCUAGAGUCCGCGGUUCACUGGUCAGACGGUUAUAUCAUGCUGAUUGGUUUGUCGCUGUGCACUUGCUGAUGUUUCAUAUUCUGAUGAUCCCUAAUAAGGAUAGUCUGCUACACAGCCGUUUUUAGUGUCGUCACGCAACGCUCCUUAGUGGGGAGGAGCGUUGACGCCCCUGGGUCGAAACAGCUGUCUGCCAACACCCGGGUGAUACGGCUUUGCACAUGCGUUAUGUACUGGUCAGGCCGUGGGUUGAUGUACGUGUGCCAAUUGCUGUUAAGUUUGCUAUAAUCGGCGUAGGAGAACGCAACUAUUGUAGAUACCUUCUGAACUUUUCCAGUAGUGGGGUGGUUUCAUCGAAAUAAUUGCGCUAUUGCGUUUGACACCCGCGCUCAAUUUUGAUGAGGGCUCCGCGCAAAAGAAUAAAAAAACAAAAUAGUGUUGGAAAUUACCUUCAUGGCAGGUGAAUAAAUUCCAUUUUUACCCGGGCCAAGCCGAGGGCUGGCACCGGUCUUAAAAUGCAGACGGUUUCUGUCGUUUUUUCAACGUUACAUUGUUAGGGAUAUACCGCUGACUGAAAUAUAUCGCUGGCUCAUUGAAAUCUUAUCCGCCGUUUUGAAAAGCACGAGGUAUGGAGGACAGUCAAGAGAAAGAUUAUAGCUUUUGGGGAACGACACGUUCCCCAACCUUUACGAUUCACUAGUUUAUGAGCGAAAAAAAAAGAGUGAAUAUUUGGAGAGACAAAUUUACGAGCGAUCACUUAAGAGUGAACCUUCCAUCGUGAAACUUAUCGAGAAUAAAAGCGACUUAUCAAAGCUAUCUACAUUGAGUGAACCUUCCAUCGUAAAAUUUAUCGAGAAUUAAAGCGAACACUUAUCAAAGCUAACUUUAUAUCAUCUUAAAAUACGUGCUACAAGGCGAUCUAGACGUGCUCGUGAACCGAGCAGAAUUCCACUGCUGUUUCUAAGAGGUCUCAACAAGAAGAUUAGCAUGUUGAAGAAAUUUGUCUUCAAAAAGAUUUCAACGAUUGACAUACCGAAGCUCAGGGGCCCCACUCACAUAUUUUAUUGAUGGGGGGGGGGGGGGGGGGGGCCCGCAAAGGUUCUUUUUUUUAAACAAAAAAAACCCCAACUUAAAAAUUUUUCUACCCAAAAAAAACCCCACUUUUUUUAGCAUACCCAAAAAAAUCCCUCAGUGUUUUUGCAAAUUUUAUUAUUUAUCUUCUGAAGUAACUGAGUCAGCGACACAUCAUUGUAUGGGUUCAUAAAACCACUUUGGCAAGCUUCUUCAUACAACAAAAAUGGGAUCACAACUGACUGGACCUCUUAGCUCUUGCUGGAACUCAACAGCAUUGACUCCCGGUUUGAGUUUAGUUUACAAAAUCAGUUUUCCUUGCCUUUAUUUUUACCUAGCAACGUGAUCAUUUGAUAAUAGAUAUAUAUCAGCGGGUAAACAUCUAAUUCAUAAAAUGUUUACUUUGUAUACAAUGUUUCCAUUGUGGUCUUGAUGACUAGCUUGAAAGGCCUUGAAUUACGUGACCUAUUGAAUAUUUCUCUCUGGAUUAGAUGCGCCUGGAGUGCCGGUAAUUACUUUUCAAAUAGAUUACAAUCUCAGAAAUAUCCCGAGUAAUACCACACAAGCAGUAAAUUGCGCUUAUGUUAUUGUUGAUUUGAGCUGAUGAAAAAUAUAAUAACCAAAAAAAUCCCUGUGUUGUUUUCGCGACCCAAAAAAAUCCCUUUCAUAGACCCAAAAAAAUCCCUUUUGGCCAAAAUGUCAGACCCAAAAAAAUCCUUCCUUCAUAUAGUAAUAAUUAGACCUUUUAUGCAAAAUCACAGCUCAACAAUGCAGUUGAUCUCUCCUAUUUCCUUUGAGAAUUUGAUGCAGUCAAGAUUAGGUGAACUUGGUUUACAAUCAAUAGAUGUUGACGUAGCCUGCGUAGCUGGCGGUAUUGUGUGGGUGCGAGAAAGUUUUGACGGCGGAGCCGUGUUCCAAAAAAAAGGAGUAGGGACGAGGCGGUUGAAAUACCGCCUGCCAGAAAACCCCGGUAUUUUGAAUGGUCCGCACACCAGUGUGCGGGGAACGGAUUGGUCGAGGGCCAUACAUAUGUCAAUCAUGUUAGAUAAGCCUUCGCGUAUAUUUCCCAAUUUAGGGAGCAGAUGGCAAACUGGAGAAGACGUACAUGUAAAGUGAUUGUGAUUUCCGCUUUAGAAAGAGCAUAAUUGAUGACCAAAUUGCCGAAAUGGCGUCUUUAAACUUCACAGCGCUGGAAUUGUCUUAAUCUAGCCGUAAGAAACAAAGGUCAAAGAAAAUUAAAACACUUUACAACUGCAUCUGAGAUCAAAUCCUAUCAGGAACACCUACAGAAGAAUAAACCACCGGAAAUGGUUACUCAGUAUGCAUGUAUAAGCAAACCAGCUUCAUGACCUUUUAAUGUUAAGCCUAGUGUUGCAAAAAAAGAUUUACUCAGUCAAAGUUUAGAAUGAUACAUGCACUGUGUAGUGCUAGUAACCUUCGAGCGAGAGCCGAGAAAAUAAAAAAACCUCUGUUCAAGCAAACUCACAAGGUCACGUUUCACAUUGUCACGAGCGUAGGAGUCGUGUUUAGCCUGUCAACGCUUAUUUCCCUAAUUGGGAUCAGCUAACGUGACAAAAGUGGGCGGCAUUCGAAAAAUCAUGGUUCUCUGGCAGGCGGUAUUUCUCGCGGCUUCGCCGCUCGUGACGGCUCCGCCGUCAAAUCUCACUCGACUAUAUUACAACGGCUCCGCCGCCAAAUCUCACUCGACUACUACACAAUACCGCCAGCUACGCAGGCUACUGUUGACGGUGCAGGUGAUUGUUUCUUAAGAUCUGUAUCACAUCAAUUAUAUGGCAAUAGCAACCAUGAUAUGCAUAUACGUACUGCUGGGGUUCAAUUUAUGAGAGACAACCCAGAGAGAUUUAUUGAGAGCAGUACCAAAAAUUCAUGGCUAAGAUAUCUGAAUAAUAUGUGUAUUCAAGGUACAUGGGCUGAUGCACUUAUCAUUCAAGCAGUUGCAGAUGCAUUAAAUGUUACUAUACAAAUAGUAGAAUCUAAUCAAGGCUUUGCACCACUUACUACUGUUUACCCAGUUCAGGAAAGAAAUACUUCCUCUACAAUUACUAUAGGUCAUAUCGAUGAAUACCACUAUGUAUCAACCACUGCCUUACAAUCAAAUGGCUCCAUUUCAGUGUGCAGUGAAUUAACAAAUGAUACUUAGUCAUCAAUAAAUAAGCAUUUUAUUCUGUCCAUAUAUGCAGUUUGUUUCUCUGUCAUCAAAUAAUGCACUUACUGGGAUUCUUCAACACUACAGGCUCUCCAUGACCAUGCAUGUUUGUUCUAUGAGAAGUGUAAUGCAGACCGUGUAGGCAAAAUUGUGAUAAUUCUGUAACAAACUUCUUUGCAAACUUCGUCAUUACCAUUCAACCCCAAACUGUCAUUGAUUUUCGCUCUUUCACUCAAACUUAAAAACAAAUAAAAACCUUAUACAGAUCACACUUACUGACAUCACAGUGUAAAAACACUACUAUAAAACAGACCGUUAGCUGUCAUAACACUGAACAAACUUACAACAACAUCCUCCUUUCUCAUGCAUUUUGUUGCUUUUCUUCUGCAUGAGUUAAACGGUAGUUAAUAUAGACUAAGUAUUAGCCUCCACAGAGGAGGGUGGAGGGGUGCGAGAGGUAAACUAUAGCUAUGCAAUCCCAUGUCCCACUGGGUCCCGGUAAGUUCCACGUAGUGGUUCUAGUUUGUCAUUAUUUUCAGGAGAACCUUAAGUAGCCACGUUUUUGGGCAACGCACAUCAACCGGAAGUGGACUGUUUGCACUCUUCAGCCGUGAUUUUGAACAAAUUUGGGGGCAAAUCGUCUCUUUAAGAGUAAAAACACUUAGCAAUACAAAUUUGGUGGCGUCAAGGCAUAUUAAAAAGCAAAAGGCUAACUUCUGGUUAAAGAACGUUUCUCAAAAAACUCUCGAUGCUUAAAUUCCCUAUUGACUUUGAAUGUGACAACAUUGGGUGCCUGUUCCUAGAUUCCUCGCGGCACUAGCUUUCGCGGGAAAAAUAAAACGGUCCUCAAUGCGUGCAGAGUAAGGAAAGCACGUGCUAAAAAAAUGACGACCUUCUGACUGACUAAAUCAAUGACUUAACGAGGUAAGAUAGCAAGUUUAUGUAUUUUUUACUUUAUGUUGUUUUACAAAGCAAAUAAAUCUUUUUUCUAUUCUUUAUAAGGUUGUUUUCACACGCCAAAACUUUAUCUAUAUAAAGGACUAAAAGGUCAAUGAAUAGCAUGCUUGCAGACGUAUAGGAGGACGACAACAGAGAAAAUACGAGCAGUAAGAACGCAGGCUAAAACAGUGAAAGACCGUCGCAUUGCUUGGUAUGACUCGCUGGAAUUUUUUACUGUUUUUAAGUUUAAAAGCAAUAAACUGAAUUCCGACGGACAAUUACGACUACUAUACUCACGUGCACGUAUCCUACAAACUGCCGAUUUAGUCACUUUAGGCAGGACUCAACAUGCAAUGUAAGUUGAAAUUCACAAGAAAAUUAUAUAAAUCAGAAUAAUAAGAAUGCCGUUUUUUAUAAUGACUUUGUUUCUGAUUCUGCUUUGUUCUCUUUAACCGAUAAUGCCCGUUUUGGAGCCACUUUAACCCUCAAAAUCUGAAGUGGGAGUAGACAACGGGGAAUCACAGUGGCGAAACCAGGGGAGGGGCUUGGGAGGCCCGCGGCCCCCCCCCCCCCACCCAGGAGAGGAGUUCGGGCACCCCCUACCUAUUUAUUUUUAGACCAAACUGAGGCCCGAAGUUCAUCACCAGAUUGGAGGGGUGAAAGUUGAAGACGGAAGAAGAGGGUUGAUACACAGGUACCCGAAAUGUACUUUUUUGGAAGAAUGCAAUUUUAACUUUAUUGGUAAAUAUGUUUCACGACCAAAUAAAAACACAACUUGCUUCGAUAUGCAAUCCAUUUGUUUGUCUUCCUUAUAGCUCAGUAAUAAUCCAUUGAUUCAUCGUAUGUUCGUCCCAUGUAAGAGAAUCCAAGACAGUCUUAGGUUGCGUUCCUUUGGGAUGAUCCUGAUCAGGAACAGUGACUCCUGAUUACUUGGAUCAUGGUAGAUCAACUGAACCCAUGAAUCCUUGCCAGAGUGGAUUGGUCAGCUCAACUGAUUUACCAUGAUCCGAGUGAUCUCGGAUCACUGAUCCUGAUCCAGAUCAUCCCAAAGGAACGCACCCUUAGAGAUUCUGGAUUCCGCCGUGGAUUCCGGAUUCUAGGAACUGGAUUCCAGUCUGAUAAAUAAGUAUUUUUCAGAAAGGAACUUGGAUUCCGGAUUCUAAUCGUUAGUGGGAUUUCAGAUCCCUUGAGCUGUAUUCCAGAUUCCAAAGCCCACAAUGACGAGCGAUGUAGGAGGUUCAAGGAACACCGCUAG